AUGGCGGUUUGCGUAAGAUGCGAAGUAGUUAUACCAAAUAGAGAAUAUUUAAUUUGCUCGCUAUGCAAGAAAAUCUAUGAUAUAGAUUGCGCUAACGUUUCUAGUCAGCGCUUUUAUAAUACUAUGACUAAGGAGCAUAAAGAUAAAUGGACUUGUAAGCCGUGUCUUUCUAAACCUAAAAAAAUGGAGAGCUCAAACUCACUACCUAGAUCGCAAAUACCGAAACCAAAAACAUCGACACAAAAUAGAACUAUACAAAACUCGGAACCUACUCUAAAUAUGUCACUGCGACCACGGUCUGCCCUAAAUAAACCUGCUAGACACAUGGACAGUGAGUCAUCGGAUGUGGGUGACCAGAUUCUAAAUGACCGUAAUAUAUCAGGAGAUACCAUGAAUUCCAGUAUUACACUAUCAACAACACCAGCCCCUACCCCGCAACGACCAACGCAUGCGUUGUGUCUAGAAGAUUUUAAAACCAUAUUGAACGAAGCACUGGAACAAAAUAAGCAAACCAUUAUCUCUGAUAUGAAAUCUAUUAUUCAGCAGGAAAUAAGUAUAGCAAUUAACAAGUUUCAAGAGGACAUCUUACGACGCACUCAUGCCAUAACUAAAGAACAGACUGAAAUUAAGAAAGAGCUAUCAGCGACGACCAAAAAAAUUCAAACUCUAGAAUCCGAAAAUAAGAAACUCGAAACGGAACUAAAAUACAUACAAACAUCAAUAAAUAACCACAAAAGUCAAACCAGCGCUCCAGCUGAUAAUAGCGACAAGAAAAUUGUACUCCACGGUCUGGACGAGCUGUAUGGGGAAACGGAACUAAAUGUCCAAGGGAGACUGCUUAAUAUAUUUCGAGACAUAAUGAGUGUUAACUUACAUGGAUAUAUUGAAGAUACACAGCGCAUAGGCAGAAGAGGAAACAAAAGACCGCUAGUCAUAGAGCUCUUGAGUAAGAGCAUGACUAGGUACUUACUACAAAACUGUGAGUUCUUCAAAAACACAGGCUUGUCAAUUACAAAGUACCUUGAUGAAGACUCUCUGAAAAUCAGACGAAAUUUAACUAAUGCCUUGCGCGAAGCAAGACGCGAAAGAAAGCACGCAAUAAUUCGAAAUAAUAAAUUGAUUAUAAAUGGGAGGGAGUGCUCAUAUGAGCCGUCGCAAAUAGUAAAUCAGACACCAUCAGAUAAUUCUGCCAUACCAAGCCAACAAACACAAGACGUGAACAACAGACAAACAACCCAAAACCAUUCCUUUCGAGUCUAACUUCAAUAUAUUAGUACAAAACACACAGAGCCUAAAAAAUAAAACCCACAUAAUUGAAAGCCUACAACUAGACCACCAGUACCAGGCACUAUGCCUUCUAGAAACAUGGAUCACUCAAGAACAAAAGGACUAUAUACAAAUGGAUAACCACACCAUUGCCGCCAGCUUCAAUCGUGUUAACCACCGCGGCGGCGGCGCUGCGAUCCUGGUGCGGGACGGGGUGCAGUACAGCGCGUGGCAGGACAUAGCGGACCUCUCAGUUGAAUGCGUCAUAGAGUGUUGUGCCAUUGAAAUAAAACCCGAUAUAGUACUAAUAGCUAUUUAUAGACCGGACAGAGAUAUCGAAACCUUUUUUGAAAUAUUGAGUAAGAUAUUAAAUAAAAUAAAGUCAAAAAAUAAAAAGCAUAUUAUAAUAGCAGGCGACUUUAACAUAAAUAAAAAUGAAAGCUGUAAUACUUAUUGUAAAUUAAAGAAUAUUAUGCUAGAAUAUAACCUCCAUCAGAUAGUAGACCAGCCCACCAGAGAAACCAAUUUAAGUUCGACUUGUAUAGAUUUUAUCUUCACUAACAACAAAUUGUUUGACAUAAAAGUAGAAGAUUUAGGCAUUUCCGAUCAUAAAAGCAUAUUGUAUUCGUUUAAACAAAAUAGUCCUUCAAAUAACCCAAUUCAUAAACAGAAAAGAUAUUUUAAUACAUCUAAUAUUAUGUCAUUUAAAUCUGCACUGUGUGAAGUAGACUGGAAAAAUAUUCUGGUUGAUACAAAUAACCUUGAUAGUAACUACAAUUCCUUUGAUUCAGUACUGACAAAGUUAUUAAAUACCUACAUUCCACUAAAAAAUACAAAACUCAUAAAUAAAGUUCGGAAAAGUUGGCUCACAACCGGAUUAAAAAUAGCCUGUAAAAACAAAAGAUCCUUAAAAGCUCUUGCAAACCAAACAAACAGUAAAGAAUUUAAAAACCAUGUUGCCACAUACACGUACAUCCUUAAAAAAUGUGUCAAUAAAUCUAAAAAACUUACCUUUGCGCAUCAAAUGUACAACUCGAAAAAUAAAAAUAAGACAAUGUGGAAUAUUGUUAAACAGGCUACAAACAAAAAUACUACACAAAACCACAAAAAUAUGACAAUCAAAAAAGAUAACAAUAUCAUAAAAUGUCCUAAGAUGAUUUCAAAUACUUUUAAUGAUUUUUAUGCAUCAGUAGGCAACACCCCGAUAGAUGGCAGCAGCGACAAUACGUCUGCAGCCGGUCGCCCUGCGGUACAAACCUCCCUCAACUCCAUGUACCUAUAUCCAGUAACAGAUAAGGAAAUACGUAAUGUAAUAAACCACUUACCCAAUAAAAUCAGCUGCGGCAUUGAUGAAAUCCCCUCUAUCUUAAUAAAAGCAUGUGUAAACGAGCUAACUUCGCCCAUCACCAAACUAGUCAACCAAUCAUUUAGUGAAUGUAGCUUCCCGGAAAAAUUAAAAAUAGCCAAAAUAAAACCUGUCUUAAAGAAAGGUGGUAAAACAGACAAUCCCUCUCACUAUAGACCGAUCGCGCUGCUACCCGUUAUUUCAAAAGUUUUUGAAAAAUGUAUGACAAACCGCAUCUACAGUUUCUUAGAAAAAUACAAUUUGUUAAAUGAUAAUCAGUUCGCAUUCCGUAAAAAACGUUCUACCACCCUCGCAGCUUUUAACUACGUGCAAACAAUAGUUGACUACUUAAGAAAUAAGCAUUACGCAGUGGGACUAUUGUUAGAUAUGUCCAAAGCAUAUGACAGAGUGUCACACCCCAUACUGUUACAAAAAUUAAACGCAAUAGGCAUAUGCGGUAAAGCGCUAGAUUGGAUGAAGUCAUAUCUCACGUCACGACAACAAUAUGUAGAAAUAGAACACCUUGAAAACCAAACCAGAACAUUACACAAUAUCCAAUCCAAUAUACGAUAUAUCGAGAACUCAAUCCCACAAGGAAGUGUCAUAGGGUGCAUCCUAUUCCUCAUUUACAUAAAUGACCUUCCAAAAUCCACUGAACACAAAGUUGUUAUGUUUGCCGAUGACAUAUCGAUCUUAUUCCAAUGCCCAGAUAACAAUAGCAGCAGUUCCUACAUACAACAAACUUUUAACUCAAUAACUCAUUGGCUCAACGAUCACAACCUCAUAAUAAAUAAUGAUAAAUCAAAAUUAAUCCAAUUCAGACCAAGACAAAAGCAACCGCUAAACCUCAACACUGUAAUAAACAACCUAAAUAUUGAAGAAGUACCCGACUGCACCUUAUUGGGCCUUACACUGGACAGCCAUUUGACAUGGAAAAAACAUGUAGAAAAAAUUAAAAAUAAACUUGCCCGAUUUGUGUAUGCACUUAGCGUAUUGAAGUGUAGCACUACCUUAGAGUGUGCGCUGGCGGCGUAUCACUCGCAAGCAGUCGCAUGGCUACGCUACGGGCUUCUUUUGUGGGGCCACAGCACCGACAUUCAAAACGUUUUCAUCAUGCAGAAAAAAUGUAUCAGGAUCCUAGUAAAUAUACAUCCACCCCACAGCUGUAGACCACACU